ACGGGGUCCUUUAGGGCAUCCCCCUUGACUUGUUUUCUCCCAGCUGUUUGUGGGGCAAGUUUAGGAAGCAGGAAGGAAGGGAGGCUGACCACGAUCACAAAUUUGGCCUAGCGGCCUCUAAUCAGAAAAAUGAACUUGCUCUGUCUGGUGGAAGUUGUUCAUAGUGUUUGUGGGGACGAGAAUGCAGAGCGUUCAUACGCUGAGCUUUCAAAGUAGGAACUUCACCCUAUAAAGCAGAAGAGCGUUUUGUUUUUUUUUUUCAUCUUUUGUGGUUUCACAUAGCUUAAGUGUGACAAUCCCUACUUAUAGACCAAGUGAGAGGCCAGGCAUUGAGGAGUGAGUGUGGCCUGGAUUUCUGUCCCCUCUCCAUCAUCCCUUUUAUUUUACUCUUAUCGUGCUUUCCAGAAAGUUUGCCUGCUGGGAGAAUCGUUUUGACAGUUUCCCGUGUUGCCAGAUAGCUCCACAGAAUUCAGUUUCUGAGAACAGGCCAGAGGCCUGCAGUGACAUUGCAUAAUCCUCUUCUGAAGCCGGAGAUAUCAGCCGGAGAGCUCACGGGAGCUGUUUCACAGCAAGAUGAAAGGAGCAGGCAUCAUGGAUGGUAUGCCCAAGACCCUCCUGGCCAGAGCACUUUUUGACAACCACCCAGACUGCUCCUACGAGCUGGCUUUCUGCAGAGGAGACAUCUUGACCAUUCUGGAACAAAACGUGCCAGAAAGCGAGGGCUGGUGGAAGUGUUUGCUCCAUGGAAGGCAAGGUCUGGCCCCUGCCAACCGCCUCCAAAUCCUCCCUGAGGCCCCCGCAGACAGGCCGUGUGCCCCUUUCCUGAGAGGCCUAGAAGAACCUCUCACCCGCUCCGAGGAGACCUACCAGGUGCCCACCCUGCUCAAGCCCCUGACUCCAGGCCCCGUGUACGAGGACAUGAGAAGCUGGGUGGAGGGGCUUCCACCCACCACCGCCCAAGUCUACGAAUUCCCUGACGCACCGGCGGGGGCCAGAAUCGUCUGUGAAAAGACUCUAAGCUUUCCGAAACAGGCCCUCUUCACGAUGCCCAGACCUGCUCGGGCCUCGUUGCCAACGCUGCCUUCUCAGGUGUACGACGUGCCGGCCCAGAGCCGGGGCCCCCCAGCCCUGAAGGAGCCAGAGAAGAGGCAAUUAUAUGAUAUACCCCCCAGCCCCCAGAAGGCAGGACUGGGUCCCUCGGCCAACCAACUGAGUGGACAGUGUGCUCCCCUGACAUCAGUGAUGGCCACGAGGCGAGGUGGCUACAACACGUUACCCAGCCCCCAGAAAUCAGAAUGGAUUUAUGACUCGCCAGUGUCUCCAGAAAAAGCUGACGGCAGAAAUGCAUCUCUGUGCAGCUUUGUGGAAGAGUCAGAGCCCCUCUGUCCCCCGGGGCACAUGUCCAGCUUCCAGAAUCCUCUAAACAGCAGAGCAAGGUCCCACUAUCCGCACCUGCAUAAAAACGUGCCCAUGCAGAAAAAACUCAGCCUCCCCGAAAUUCCUUCCUAUAAAGCCCUGGCACCCAGGGACACAUUUCCCUUGGACGACGGUGCCGGCUACAAGGUGCCCUCAAGCUUUCUGAUCCCCCGGGUGGAGCAGCAGAACACCAAGCCGAACAUCUACGACAUCCCUAAAGCGACGCCCAGCGACCCUCAGGCGGGGAACGAGCCAGGGAGAGCGGGCGGGGCUCCGGAGAUCGCCGUGGACCGCAGCUCGUCCUGGUUCUCCAGCCCGGCCCCCUCGCUGUCUCCGGACCCGGACCGGCUCUCCGUCUCCAGCUCGGACAGCAGAGCCAGCGUGGUCUCCUCGUGUUCCUCCACGUCCACGGACUCCUCGUCUGGUUCCUGCUUGGAGGAGUCAGGAAAGGAGCUCUCCUUGGACCCGGACUUGGCCAGAGAGACGGUCGCGGCUUUGCAGCACGAGGUGGCCAGCUCUGUCGCCAGCCUGAUGCUCUUUGUCAGCAGGAAGUGGAGGUUCCGAGACUACCUGGAGGCCAACCUCAGCGCCAUCCGCAGCGCCGCCGACCGCGUGGAAGAAUCCUUGAGAGCGUUUCUGGAUUUUGCCCGCGAGGUCCGUGGGACCGCCUGUAACCUCAGCGACACGAACCUUCAGGCCAGGAUUAGGGACCAGCUACAGACCAUCUCCAACUCCUACCAGAUCCUGCUUGGGACAAAGGAAAGCCUGGAUAGCUGCAAGUGGUCCUUGGAAGUCCUUGUGACGGACAAAAUCCAAAACAGCCCAGAUAACCUCGAGCGAUUUGUCAUGGUGGCACGGAUGGUUCCAGAAGACAUCAAGAGGUUUGCCUCCAUUGUCAUUGCCAAUGGGAGGCUCCUUUUCAAACAGAACUGUGAAAAGGAAGACACCUUGCAAAUGACCCCCAAUGGACAACUGAAACUUGCAAAAUGCAUCCAGCUUCCCCAAAGGGAAAUUGAACGGGAUGAAAGAAAUACUCCUUUUAAUAAACGAAAGGAAAAUGAACACUCCCCUGAGCUACUAAAGAAAAAUGGGACAAUUAUGUGUGAAUCGAAGUUGUCUAACCUAGAAGAGACAGAAAAACCCAUCUCAGAAGGAAGGUUGGAUGAAAACAAAAACUUGGAAGGACAGAAUCCUAACUCCCUCAUCCUGCAGCCUUUGAGUCAACAGAAUCCUGAGAAGAGAUUCCAACUUUCUGAACACUGUCGGCUCUAUUUUGGGGCGCUCUUCAAAGCCCUCAGCGUAUUUAACCACAGCCUCUGCAACAGCCAGCCCCCCGAGGUCUUCAUCACACAGAGCAAGCUGGUCAUCAUGGUGGGGCAGAAGCUGGUGGACACGCUGUGCAAGGAGACCCAGGAGAGGGAUGUGCGCAACGAGAUUCUCUGCGGCAGCAGUCACCUGUGCAGCCUGCUCAAGAACCUCGCACUGGCCACCAAGCACGCCGUGCUCAAGUACCCCAGCCCCGCAGCCCUGGGGCACCUGCAGGCCGAGGCCCAGAAGCUGGAGCAACACACUCGGCAAUUCAGAGGGACGUUAGAAUGAGCCUCCUUCCCCCUUUUUCUCCUUCUUAACCUCUUAGCCUCAGCUUUCCCAGCCUGACAUGUGCAACUCUGUCUUACAGGCAAAGCCAACCUGGGGACGCACCAGUGAGUACAAGCUGGUAUUAUUGAGUGGCUAAACAACCCCAGGACAUUGACUUAGCCCAGAGAAGUCCAGGUAUUAAGAAAGAACUUUGCGGAGUUUUUAGUGUAGCCUGUGGGGUCAGUGUACGCAGGGAUGUUGUAGAAACCAAUUUUAUAUUGGUCAAAUGUAUGCCUGCCUUAAAAUCAUUCAUUCAGGACUUAUUUAUUGGGCAUUUACUUAUGUAAUGGUAGGUGCUGGGCAUAUAGCCGUGAAUCAGAGACCUUGCCCUCAGGGAGCUUACAGUCUAGUGGGGAGAUAGACGAUAAAUGAUAAAGAAUUACAUGCACAAAUUGUCAGGUGUUAGCAAGAUGGUAAAGGAGGAGAGACUAAUUCUCAAAUGAUGAAUUUCUGUUGCAUCCAUUAGCAAAUGUGAUAAGUUUUUCAUUUUGAAUUGAAUUAAGUCUGUAAGAUUUGGUACAAAUCAUGUACCUGCA